AUGGUGGUCCCUAAUUUGGAGCUCCUGAUUCCAGAUUCACUCGGCAAGAUACUCAGAAAGGACACGAAGCUUUUCACAAUGAGAGACUCCGGAGGUGGUAAUGUAUUCCAUUUAGCAGCUUUCUGGAAUGUGCCUGAAGUAUUCGAACUCUUACAACCAGAAACCGAAUAUUUGGCUCGAGAAAAAGAUAACAAUGGGGAUCUUCCCAUUCAUAUUGCGAGCAAGAUGGGUCAUGUUGAACUAAUCGAUAAGCUACAUCCGGUGUCACAGUGGGUAAAUGGGAAAGGACAAACCGUUCUUCAUGUGGCAGCAAAAUACGGAAGAGAAGAUGUAGUGAGAUCUAUACUCAAACAUCCGGAUCUGAAGGAGAUGAUAAAUGAAAGAGACCAUGACGGAAAUACACCUUCACACUUGGCAACGAAGUAUUUACAACCCGCCGCGUUAGUUCAUCUUGUGCUGGAUAAAAGAAUGAACCCCUCCCUUCUCAACCACGAAUGCUUGGCUGUUGUCGACAGUGUUCCACAUCACCCACCAAAAGAAUUACGGCGGCGCAUAGUACUCUCCCUGUUGAAGACCGUGUCAGCUGAGAGACCAGAUCGAUUCAUAGUUAAGCCAGAAGCUCGGGACAAAGUGUACAGGGGCAGCAUUUUGCCAAAUCCUGCCUAUAUGAAAGAGGCUGUCGAAACCUUGUUGGUGGUGGCAACGCUUGUGACCACUGUGACUUUCGCAGCUGGUUUCGCGGUUCCUGGAGGAUUGAACAGCUCAGACAUGGCAUCCAAAGAUGACAGGGGCAUGGCUACGAUGCUGGGCAAUAGAAAGUUCCAGGAAUUCGUGAUUUGCAACACCUUCGCGAUGUUCUGCUCAAUGACCUCGGUCGUUGUCUUCAUGUUAGCAUACCAGGGUGAAGGUGACUUAAAAUUAGUUAACUUCAAGCUUGCAAAAGGGCUACUAAAAAUGUCACUCCCGGCAAUGUCCUGCGCUUUCUUAAUUGGUGUCAACUUGACCGUUGGCAAACUCCCUUGGCUUGCCACCACGAUAUCAAUUAUCGGAUCUAUUUUCGUCUUCAUCAUCACAGGUUAUGUAAGUACGGAGGCGGAUGAUGAAUUAAUGUUAGUCUCUCGCAUCGUGAUCCCCUUCCUUCCUCCUAUCCGUAAUCUGAUAUUCAGGUGUAUCCCCUGGUACCUUUAUGUUUUACGAGUUGAGAGGACGCUCAUUUCGGAUGACUCAAAAGAAGACAGAACGGGGAGCAAGACCUCUGCUAGUCCGCCUCUGGGUGGUGGCGGUAAAGAUUGA